AUGGACGCCACACGGCUAGGUAUAACAUUCCAAGAAGCUCAAGCGGUUCUCAGAAAUAUACGAGACAGACAAAGGGGAACGUGCGAACCACGAUUACCUCGACCUCGUGAAUGUGAACGUGAUAUUAAAAGAGGUAUAUCUAAUUGUAGUUGAAGAAAUACCUGAAAAACACAAUCCAAAAAUAUUUCUAUUAUCUAUAUUUGUUAUUUUAUAGAACGUAAUUCCGAAUGCUCUUCCAGUGAAUCACCUUAUUUUACUGUUCCAAAUAUAUUCUUAAAAUCAGAAUGCCGCAACUCAAAUUACCAUAACUGGCAAAAGUCAACUCAAUCUCAAACUAGCAUGUGUCCUGAAACUGACCAGGAGACGGAAAGCAAGCUGUCUUCUCGAAAUGGUAAUUUUUAGGCUUUGAUAUAUUUUUUACUGUCACCUGGCUGUGUAGUUUUUCCCCGAGAAAUUUUUUACCUGCAUGGCUUUUUUCUGUUCUUCCCCCGCGGCCCCGCCCACACUUUUCUAAUGGUCCGUCCCUAAUGUGAAGAAGUUUGUAUAUAACUGUUGCAAUUUGCAACUCAUUUCAGACACAGAGCCAAUGAGCCAUGUUGAUGUAAAAAGUAUACACAGAGCGUAUAGUGCCUUCGGGGCUUGAAAGAAAUGAAUGAGAAUGACCACUACGAGUUUCCGCAAAAUGAAACUUGGACCAUGCAUGUUUACAGUCUUUCUGUGGCUCAUUUGAGCACGUUUCUACAUAAUCUGGCUCACAAGUUGCAGUCUAGUAGAAAUCUUAUUGUCAUUACCUUUACUUUAGUUCACCCUUUCAGCUUUCUUGAGUGUUUUCUUUUAUGUUUAGGAAGUGCGUAUAAGGGAUCUACAUAUGACAGUACUCUAAGCGGGUCAUCUUACUUUAACUCAGUUUCGACAGGAUUGUCUGCUCAACAAGAAAGUGCAGAUACUGCCGACUGCCCGUCAUCUUUUGUCUCACAGGCAGAAAGAGAAGUAAAUCUUCAAACGGUGUUACCUAAAACAUCUUCAAUAGGCAAAGUAAAUCUUCAAACAGUGUCACCUAAAACAUCUUCAAUAGGCAAACGGCUGGAGGAAUUCAAACAUUGCCACGUACAGUGAGUUUCUUGUAUGGUACCAUUGUGUGAUUUGUAUCAAAUUCACCCUUAGAGUAGACAAGUUUAAUAAAGUGUUUUCGACCAAUUAUAGGGAACAACAAUUAGACCAUUCCAGAAUAACUCCUCUGGGUAGGUACUACAGUUUUACUUCCUUAAAAUUCUAUUUAGUUAUUAAAAUUUGCAUAUUUUAAUGUAUUUCAGAAUCAUCUCUAAGACUUCAUAUAUGUAUGAAAAAUAUUAUUAUACACUAAAUUUUAUAACACAUAUUAUCUAGCAAGAAAAUCUACAAAUUGCAAUCCUGCAAAAUUAUUAAAAUCACAGCCACCGGAAAUGAUCACACCUGUGGAAAACAGUGCCUACAAACAGAAUGAUUUAAAGCUUCAGCAAAAAGUUAAACAUCCAACAGAAGUUUCUAAACCGAUGCAUGCUGCUAACCAAAUGGAUAUAACUUCAUAUUUACCAAAGGUUAAGCACCACAGGAAAAAUACCAAAGCCAAAGGGCAAACGAACAUUCAAGAUUUUAGUUCUGCCAAGUCGGAGAAAGUAGCUGCAGAAAAUAUUGAAAGUAUGAGUUUGGAAGAAAGAGAAGUGGUGAUGAAAAAGAUUUUGGCAGCCAGUACCGUUGCUUGCACUUUGGUAUAUGUGGAUGGUAGUACUUUGCUACGUCCUAGUACAACCAAGAGUGUAGUGAGUAUAGUUUAAAGCCUAUGGUUGUCAUUCAUCGGCGAUGCUCAACUAGCUCCAUUAAAAACCUGUAGUAUGCCUAUUUUUAGUUAAUUGCGCCUGGGUACGAGGCUGCAUUGGUGUAUAAAUUUUUUUUCACGGCUAUUGUCCCUGUAUUGAGUAUUGGGAAGGAUUUUCGAAUGGACCAUGAGAACAUCAUCGAUGCAUUCCGACAUAUGAAAACCAGGCUUAAGAAUCUUGCCUUUCUGUAUGUCAUAGCCAUAUAUAGGAUAACCAGGCAAACUGAUCUGUUAAACAUCCUAAGGACAGAAAGGCGUUUCAGUAUCGCAUAGCAAACUAGAAAGAUAUACCCUCAAAUAUCAAACUAUAUGCUAAACCUUACAAUUAGUAAGAUAAACUAACUUCAAAAUCACUUUGAAUAAAGACUCAUUCAUGGGUCAGUUUUAAAGCGAGUAAUAUUAACUAUAAGCUAAGUUAGUUUCAGUAGGGACAAAAGUUUUGUUUUUUGGUGGAGUUUUUAUGGAUGUUAAAUUGAAUAUUUUAAUUGUUGCUGUUAGAAAAAUGUUAAAAAGUUAUUUGUCAUUUAUCUAGAUGCACAGUUACUGAUUUAGUACUUUUUUGCAGGUGAAAGCAAUAUACCUUAGCUUUUCAGGAAACGUUACAUAUUCCACAGAUGAUUGUUGCCGUAUCUGGUUUCCUUUAACGUCUUUGAAAGACAACAGCUCUGAAUACUACCAGUGGUUGAGGUUUGUCACUUUAAUACUCGUUUCCAUUUGCUAAUAUAUUUUUGUAAAGCAUUCAUUAUUGUUUAGUGGAUUCCAGUGACCUAUAGUUUAGCAAGUGGUCCAUAUAUAAUUUAUGACAUGUAAUUUCAGUUUUUUUCUUCAGGGAAUUUUUCUCAAGCUUUAUGGUCAACGAGAGUAAUAAAGUAAUAUAUAACGCACAAAAGUUUAUAAAGACAGUGAUAAAUGUUCUGAACAUUGAAUAUCAUACUGGUAAGAUAAAGAUAUUUCUUUUUCAACUCACUGGUUCCAGUAACUGACCUUGACACUUGUAGGGGCAAGAAGUUACAUGUGAUCUAUAUUUUUGUUCGCCACCAAAUACAAGACUACUACAUAUAAUUGAAAGAGUUAUAACAUUAUUUUCUCACUCUGUUAUAUGCAGAUUAAUUACCACCAUAUACUGCUCAAUGAAACCCAUCCAUGAUAUAGGCCGGCAAGACAUGGCAUACACGCGAUUUUAGUAUCUUAAUGAGCACGCUCAUAUAUGUUACAAAACCCUGUAAUAUACUAAUGAGCGUGCUCAUGAGGCUAGGCAUAAAAUAAAACAGAAGUUGAUGCUUUUGUAACCAAUCUCAACUUUAGGUUGUUUCCAUUGGCGAUGUUUUGAUCCAAAAAUUGCGUCAUGGCUGUUUGACCCAGAUCACCCUCCAGAACAUUAUGACGCACUUUUGUGCAAUGGAUUUGGAAAAGAAAAACUGCGCAACAACGUAAAGUUUGAAAGAUACCAUUUAUGUGUAUACUAUUUAUGUUAUACGUACAAGAUAUAUUGAUGGAGAAACUGUCUGCAUCUCCCGUUGCCGCAUCCAAAAAGUUUGCAGCAAAGUUUAACUUGACUGUAUGCAUGAGUUUUCGUUUUUGUAGGAAUCAGACAAGAACAAUGAAGUGAAUGGUCAAGUGGACGAAGAUAUGUUCUUACUGUUAUCUCUAAUGCCUGAUAUGUUUCUGGCUCUUCAAGUAAAGUAGUUAAGAAAUAGCUAACGCUUUAUGUUGUACAUGAAUAUCUACCUCAUACACUAUCUAUAUACUUCAUGCACUUUUGAUAAUACAUUCAUUCCACUUUCAUUACAGGAGAAAAAGCUAUGGGAACUUUUCUCUGAAGUGGAAAUGAAAAUUUCUCCAAUUCUGGCAGGUAAGAAACCUUGCAGGUAACAAACCUUGGGAAACCACCCACUUAUUCGUGAAGAGGAGAAAAUAACGAUGAAUGGGUUAAUUAGUUUUUCUUCCAUUGUUCACGACGGAAAACCGGAGUUCGCAGAGAAAAACGCACCUAUAUACACGAGUUUACAAGUACAAGUACAUCGACUCAGAGCAGAGUAGCCAAUAAUUAAGUACGAUAAUAGCCUAUACCCUCAAGCUUGUCAACAAGUUGUCACAGUGUCUUCAUUUUAACAAGUUGGUACAAGAUUGGCACACACAACUUGUUAACAAGUUGUUGAAUUGCAGGACGAGAACAAGUUGUUGCCUGUCGACUCAACAACCUUGUAACAAGUUGUCAUCAAGCCAUUGACAGCUUGUCGACAAGCUGGGGACAUGCAGUGCGAACACAUCCUGGUAACAAGUUGUUGAAACCGGACUGAAACGAGUCAGCAGUAGGUUUGUCAUAAGUGGUAUGUUACCUCAAGACUUGACUUGUUGACUUAGGUUUGUCAUAAGUUAAUUGUAUGUUACCUCAGCGCUUGAGCAGCACACUAAUAUCUGGCCAACCACCAGUGCUUUCCAUCCAGUAUGCCUGCACGUGUUCUAAUAGAUUGAUGUUCUUCAUAGUGAUGGAGCUUGUUGGUGUUGAGAUUGAUACGAAACUUCUCCUUGACUAUGGAAAUAUCCUUAAGGUAGUUCUUCAAUUUUUGUCUUUGAUUAUAAACUACGCCCUUUGCGUCUGUUGAUAGUCUUAGAUGAUUUUUUCAAAGAAAUAUCUGAAGAAAAUUUGGUUCUUUUUAUUGUAGAAGAAAAUCAAGAAAUUAGAACAGGAAGGUUAUAAGGUACUGAUUAUUUUUGGCAAAUUUGCGUUACUGAUAUACUGGAUUAUAAAAAGGUGCAAUGCGUAUAGAAAGCUUGGUUUCUUUUUUAGAGCGUUGGUCGUCCAUUUCAAAUGAGUAGCACACAGCAACUUAGACAAGUGAGUACAGCUUAUUCAAAUCAAAAGAACUGUUCUUUCUUCUUAGUAUAGUUUUUGUUUGCUCUAUUUCUAUGGUUUGCUCAUACAUUAAUUUCGAAAUGUCACAUUUCUUAAUAUUCUAUAAUCUAUGUUAUUUAGAUUCUCUUUAAAGAGCUUCAAUUGGACAAAAAUGUUCAAAAACGACUUGCCAGAACACAGAUUAAAAACUACAAAUCAACCUCAGAAAACGUGGUAAGCAUCUCAUGCUUAUUCUGAAGCAUAUAAUUUAGGGAAGCAGGGGGAGCAGAUGUGAUUAGUACGUUGCUCCUUACCUCCAUAAGUUAAGCCAGAGUUAAGACUUAGGUUGACCAACUUGAAAACUCAUAAAUGUAGAGCUUGACUGGUUCUUUUUCCUGUGCUUCGAGAGUUUUUUCUCCAGGUGUUCUGAAUUUCCUGAAAUCGUUAAUCAUAAAAUAAUUAACUAACCCUAGGAGACCUUUGUCAAUUGAGUUGUAAUACUUAAGGCUCUCUGUCUAUCUUAAAGUGGUCAAAACAAUCAUAUGGUUCUCCAGUUUGGUAGUGUAAUAUUUACACUUAUAAAUUUUAUAAGCUCGUCUCUGUAGUUUAAUGAGCAUCAGCAUUGGCUGGUUUAUUAUGAUUGUUUUCUCUUGUAGCUUAGGCAUCUUCAGGACUUUCACCCGUUGCCUAAAAUCAUUUUAGAAUACAGAUCUGUAAGUAAUGCAAAUUUUCAAUCAAAUAUAUCGUUGAUAUAAAUGAUCUUACAAGGAAAAUGGUUCAGGCGUUCUAUUUCUUACUAUUUUGAAUAGGUGACAAAAGUGAAUUCGGCUUAUGUUGAUGGAGUACUAAAUUUUGUUAAAAAUGUGAGUGAAACAUUCAGUUCGUAGUGCAUAUUUGUUUUUCAAACCACGAAGCUGCAUGGCUCAACAUGGCUCAGAAAACUGGUGCUUGUCUUGAGUUAAUCAGUACCAAGUAAAGUAAACCAGCCUCCCCUUGCGUGGAUGAUACUCUUCUACUCACACAAGUUUUUUUACGGGAGUUAAAUCGAGUCAUCGAUUAAUCUAUGCAUCAAUUAAGCCGCAAAAUCUAGCACACACCAGAUACACCUUAAUUAAUUAAUUUGCACGACUUAACGAUCUUAUGUAAAAGCUUACUUGCCCUGUGUGCCUCGCCCGUGUUUCUCUUUAUAGUCAAAUGUGUUUCUUUUUAGGACGUCUUGCAUACUAACUGGUACGUUCUUAUGCUGAAGAGAGAAAUCAACAAGAAGCAUGGAGUGAACAUUCAUUAACCAUUUUUAUAGUUUUUUCAUAUCAUACAUUAUUAUUGUAUAGAAAUUAUUUUUACAGCUGUAAAUCCAUUGUAUUUUUUUACUAAAGAUGGAUAUUAAAGAUUAUUAUUAUUAAAAUUAAAUUUUAAGACCAAUUUUGUGAUUGUGCCAUAGAGAUCUUACAACAGAAUAAAGGUUCAUAUUCUUUUUAGGAAUCAAACUUGUACUGCCACUGGAAGAUUGACAUCUACAAAUCCUGUAGGUAGAUUUUUCUUGUUUUUCUGUCUUCGUAUAGGACUAUAUAGACACUGGAUUGUUAUCCAACUAGUUUAAUUUAAUCAUUCUGUUACCUUAGAAAGCUUUUAAGGUUUUCUAUUCCAUUCUCUUUGUACAUUUAUAUAUUUCAUCAUUGAUAUCUUUCAUCGUUUCUUCGUAUUUGUAAUAAACUUAAAUGUUUCUUUUCAUACUUAAAGAACAUCCAAGCGAUUCCAAAAAACCAACUGGAUAUAACUGGUGUUACCAAACAAUUUAUUAUAGGUACGAACAUAUUCCUUGUCUUAAUUUUUGUUAUGGUAGAAGAUACUAAAGUAAUUUUAUCCAUUUUAUAGUCGUCAGUUUGAUUUCAGCUUCCAAGUCUAUCUGUUUUAAUUAAACUAGUAUUUGUCCCUAUGGAAGUCCAGUACAAGGAUAUUCGUUAUUGGUCCAGUGUUACUUACCGUUCUCCAUUGUCAUUGGAAGUAGUUUGAUGCCACUUAUCAUUAUUAUUAUUAUUCACUGGUGCAUCAAUUGCCACUGUUCACCAAUAUAGGGAAAGAAAUGGAGACAACAUCAAUCGUUCCAAGAAAGGCUUUUAAGAGUCGUACUGGAUGGUCAUUUCUAUCUUCUGGUAAAAUCUAUCUUCUGGUAAAAUUUAUCUUCGUUUAAAAAAUUUCACUCAAAGUAAAUAUACAGCAUUUCGUCAUCUUAUUACCUUUCGUUUCAGACUUUCAAAGUAUUGAAUUACGCUUGCUGGCUCAUUUCUCUGAAGAUCCUUUACUACUUCAGAUAUUUAAUGAAUCUGAAGACGACAUAUUUGUUCAGUUGGCAUCCAUUUGGUAAGUGUUCACUUACAAUUUAGAUUCUCUUUCUUAUGUACAUCGCCUUUUACCAGGUCAAGGCAAACGCCCUUGAAAACAAAAUUGAAGAAGGCUAUCUACAAUUUGUAACACAAUUCUAACAACACUUGAGGAGAAAAAUAAUUCUCAAACACCUUCUUGUCCCUGCAUGGUAGUGGCAAAAUUUUAAAACGAUACCAGUAAAAUACCAACCUCCAGAUUUCGAGGUUCUAGGAUUGGAACGUCUGGUUGUAAUAUUCAAGUAUUGAUAUUCUGUAGGUUAUCAGUAGAUCCUAAAUUAGUUCAAAGUGAAGAUAGAGAGCGUGCUAAAAGGGUUGUUUACUCGGUUGUCUAUGGUGUUGGUAAGUUGGGUAAUGUUGUCAUUCUUGUUGACAUCCACACACAUGCGACUCUCAUUCUCAUGGGCGUACCGGAAGGAAAAAUUUAGGGGGGGCGGAAAGAAAUUUGCCCGACUUUUCCGGAUUUUGCCCGACACGUACCGAAAAAUUUUUUCAGUGUACCAUUUAAGGGGUCAAAAAUUUUUCCCGGACAUACCAAAAUUUUCCGAAACCUAACAAAAAUUUUGGAAACAUCACAAAAUUGACAGAAUUUGUCCAAUUUAUUUUUUUAAUAAACCAAAAUUGCCCGACUGUUCAGCGAAUAUUGCCCGACUGCCCAACAAACUGGGGGGGGGGGGUCCGCCCGGUACGCCCAUGCUCAUUCUCAAUAUCCAGUCCUCCAUGCAUAAGAUCCAUAGGAUACUACUAAAAUUUCUGCUACUCGAAUUUUUUUUUUACUACCGAAUUUGUCUUGUGUAAAGGGAAAGAACGAUUGGCAGAUACAUUAAAUGUGAGCGCAGAUCAAGCUAAGUCGUUUACCACCAGUUUUCUGGGUACGUAUGUUUAAAAUUGGUCUUCCAUCAAAACUUUAUGAUGUGAGAAGAAGGAUGGUGUAAUGUUAAUAUGAAAUAUUUUAUAAUAAUUUCAGCCACAUUUACUGGACUAAAACACUUCAUCCAGAGUUGCAUCAAUGAAUGUAGAAAACAAGGUAGGUUCACGUAUACUAAACUAAACUAAACUAGCCAGUAACUAGAUUGUUGUAUAGAUGUAUCAGUUCUAGAGCCGAAUUACAUAUCACUGAUUACAUUAUGCAUAACUGACAAUUAAUGGAUUAUUGGGCUCGUAAUUAUUACGGUGGCUAUAAAGUACGCCUGUUUUCGGCAUACCUUUUAGCCACGGUUUUUUUCUUUCUAUUUUUAUGCCUGUUUUCGGCGUACCAUGAUAUAGCCACGAUUUGUGGCUAUAAAGUACGCCUGCUUUCCACGGUUGUGCAGCAUAGAUUAUAGAGCUCCAUCUGGAGCUAUGAACUAUAGUGGUUUACGGAAGAUAUUAUUGGUCCAGACAGGAGAAAACCAAAUAAUUCAUGAGCUGUGACUAUCGAAAAUCCUGCCGUACAGACCACUCGGACCGCAGCCACAGAGGUGUAACUAGACGUACACACAAGUACACUGUAUUUAACCAUGUUGGCCUGCAUCUCUCCUCUCUGUAUCGUAUAACUGCACACAAUUACAUCUCUAUCGUGUUUCUAUAGGUUAUGUUACCACUAUCUUUGGACGGCGGCGAUUACUUCCGGGAAUAAAUUCCACUGAUCCACACCUUCGUUCACAGUCAGAAAGACAGGCUGUUAAUUUUGUUAUACAAGGUAUGAAUAAUAAAUUAAAACGGUAGCAACUAUCCAUGCAGGAUUAGGACAAAAUUAGUUGAACAUCUGUUAUGCUGAUUUUGCACAUCAAAAGUUUUGAACUAUUUGCUGACUUUUAUUACUUUUCUACUAGAUCUUUUUUAUCACCGGGUUUUAUGAUAGCAUGGAUUUUCCUUUCAUUUGAACUCCCCUCAACAUUUCCACAUAUCUCUAUACGAAUAAUUUGCGAUUAGUGUGAUCCGCUUUCUUUCCAAUUCAUGGCGGCAUUUUACAGGAUCUGCAGCAGAUAUUUGCAAGAUGGGAAUGCUUUUGGUCGUUCAGUCUUUAGAAAACAAGGAUUUGAAACUGAAAGCAAGGUUUAUAAAAUGCACUUUUGGUCAUUGUACAUUAAGUUUUAUCGGAAUCUUGGACCAAGACUUGGUAUCUUUUUUUAGAUUGCUUAUUCAAAUUCACGAUGAAUUGGUACUCGAAGUACAUGAUGAUUAUAUUGAAAAUGUGAAAGGUAAGAAUUGUCUUAGUAUGACGAUGUAUGGUUGAUUUGAAUUACAGUAAAGCCCCGCAUAAAAGAACCAGUAAAUUUUGACUUCAGGCUGAAGUGGUUCUUAUGUAAUAUUUCAAAACCGACUAUGAGGACUGGACUAGAUUUAAAGUCCGCGCAAUUUGAUCAAGUCCGAGACGAAGCCGAGGACUUCAUGCCUCAAAAUGCGAGGACUUGAAAUCUAGUCCAGUCCUCAUAGUCGGUUUUCCUUCCCAUGACACAACGAGGGCCUGCGGAGGAGGCAGGUUUUAAAAUGACAUCUCAUACGAAUAAAUAAUUAAUUAAAGUGAGGUGAAUUAAUUUUGAUCCAGUCCUAGGACUGGAUCAAUCUACUUCACUGAGUAUCCAGUAUUAUCAUGUGAACAAAAUAAAGCAAUAUGGUUGGCUAAUUUACUCAUGAAUUAUUAAUGAGUUUGAGAUAUAAUCUUACUUCACUUCACACUAUACUUAUUUUUAUUCUACACAUUAAUAUUCUACAUAAUAAUAUUUUUAUUCUACACAUUAAUUUUACACAUUAUUUUUAUUCUACACAUUAAAACUAUUGCUAUGACACAAAUGUGGUUCUCGUUACAUAAAAAAAAACUUUUAAAAACUUGUAUUUUCGGUGCUUAAUUGCCCAAAUUUCAGGCAGUGGUGGUUCUUAACCUACUGGUUCUUUUAUGCGGGGUUUUACUGCAGUGUAGAUGCCUUUUUAAUAUUUUGUAAUUACCUUUUCCAUUAAGAAUUAGUUAAAGUUUGUCUGGAAGACACGGAUGCACUUUGUGGAGGCCAUGUCAAGUUGAAGGUAUUCUUUGGGGGAAAAUAGAUCUAGCUUUUAUUAUAUAUAGAUCAACUUUCUUCAUUUUCAAGCAAGCGUUUGCUGUAUUCGAAUCUUUAGGUGAACUUGAAAGUAUCUGUUAGCUGUGGCAAAACAUGGGCAGAGAUGCACCCAUUCUGUUGAUGGCAGGAGGGGUUUUGUUAUCAGGGGUGAAUUGAAAAACAAAUUGAUGGUUUAUUUGGAUAAUUAAUUUAUCAAACUUGGUAAAGUACACGUUUUUAAUGUAUCUCAACCAUAAUUUACAAUUACGCAUAUUUCUGUAAAUAAGUAAAUAAGUAAAUGAUCUCGUAUGAUGUUGAAUGCGUGACAGUUUUAAUGGUGUUUUUUGGUAGUUACUAGUUACGCAAUUGUGAAACAAAGAAUUUUUAAUAGAUCAGGAAAGCGUUUUAUAUUGACGACGUGUUUUUGCAAGACAACAAGUUGUUAUGGACAGUAGUGGAAUAACAGUAUAAGUCGUAUAACACAAUUCCAACCAGCUGGAGCGUGUUUAUAGGAGGGAAGCGGAAAUAGGGAGCCUGGCUGGCGAGGUUGACACGAUUCUUUAUGAUGCACUUUUACCGAUCGAGAUGGAGUGACCCGGGGGGGGGGUUACUAUGGGGAGUUGAAUUUUAAUUUUUUUCGGUAAAGUCCAUGAACAAAAUCUAAGUAGCUUGCGGGAAAAUCCCAUGCAAAACUAUAUAAGCUAUAACAAAAAUAAAUAAAUCCCAUGCAAAACUAUAUAAACCAUCAAGUUUUUCUCGAAAUUUGCACAAAAUGGGUUGGGAGGUAUGGUUAGGGCGUGUGGGAGGCGUGACGACAAGGCACAACUGUCUGCUCAGUGGAAUCAUACAAGUUAUUGGUUAAAACGUCAUGUUAGAUCGCACAACUGGCGGUUGGUUUUGCUUUGGAAUCAGCUUUCGUUCUAUUAAUUAAAAUAUUUUAGAUUUUAUAUCGAAGGCUAUUUCUUUCUAAUUGAGCAAUACAAAUUUCGAAAGGGUAAGUAAAUGAAUGCUAUAUUUCUUCAACAUUUGCUAUAUUAUAGUGUGAUUGUGUGAAAUAUUUAUGUUGAAAUCACAGACUUUUACAACAUAUUUGUAAACAAAUGAGACAAUGGACCUUUUAGAUGUCGUUUUUACGCUACGUGUCAGUGUAUAAAAGGUUUAUUAACUUUUAUGUGUAAAAUGUACAAUUUAUUUGUUCAACGUACAAAUUCUUGUCAACACAAACACAUCCCAUUCCUGACAUCCUGUUAUCAAUUUCGGAAGUAAAGUACACGUAGUUCUUCAUCUUGCAUGAAGUAAAUUAUUUUAUUCAUUUUGCUCGAUUUAAUUCUGAUUAGGUAAUUAUAGCCAAUUAGGGAAGCAAGGAGAAAACAUGAAGGUCAAAGAGAAUAUUUACAUUAAAAUUCACUAAAGAUAUGAAGAGCAUGCAAAUCAGCUAGUUUUACAUUUAUGAUUUGUCCAUAUUGGCCUGCAUGGGGAAAAAAUACCCACACACUUUUGACUCCAUGCAGUUGCUAAAAUGUCUGCCCCAAACGACAUAUAUUUGAGUAGGCUGUCAAGUUCUGCAUAUGCUAAUCAAUUGCUCCGCUAAUAUGUAUAUAUAAUGUAUACUUUUCUACAAAAUUUUAAUGCUGCUGAUCAGUUGUACAAGAUCUGCUGUCAGUAAUGGCAGAAGCUGCUCGACUUCCAGAUGGAAGAAUUGAUCUAGAUCAUCCAAGAUUUGAUCAAAGUACGUUUUGGGGCAGAGCUAAACAUUUCUUUACUGUGACUGACCCAAGAAAUCUUCUUCAUUCUGAAGCUGUGUUGGAUCGGAGCAAAAACCUCUUGCAGGCAUACAGGUAAUUAAUACAUAAACUAAUUGUAGUCCAUGCUAGCUGCUGACAUUUGGGGCAGCUACUGCCCUUUCAUUUUGUAUGCUUAGUUGAUGAUUAUUUUAUGUAUAGGGUGAAGCAAGAACCAGCAGGAACUACAGAUGAAGACAUAUGGCAUGCAAAGAAAAUUUACGAGUCAGCAUUUCAUCCUGAGACUGGAGAGAAGAUGUUCAUCGUUGGUCGUAUGUCAGCUCAGGUGCCAUGCAACAUGACUAUAGUUGGAUGUAUGAUGACAUUUUACAAGUGAGACUGAUGAAGGUUUUUCUUUUUUGAUCAACUGCUUGUAUUUGGGGCUGUUUGUAUGAAAGCAGGGCUGACUCAUGAAUUAGAAGCACAGUGAAUGAAAAACCAUAGUGUUAGAAAAUAUGAAAAUUGGACUAUCCUGCAAGCCAGCCAGGUUCCAUAUAGAUAGCCCUGUAAAUACAUUGAAAGAAACUGCCUUUUUGUUAACACUUGCAUGUUAAUAUGCAUGUUUGUGAUGAAAUAUAUUUUGAUAUUUUAGGACUGUUCCUCAAGUGUUAUUUUGGCAAUGGAUUAACCAGUCUUUUAAUGCUGUAGUGAACUAUACAAAUAGAAGUGGUGAUAGUCCUAUUACAAAAGGGUACGUUUGAAACUGAAAUUUACUUGAGAAAUAGCAUUUGUAUUUAUAGCUACACUCACUCAACUCUCCUCCGCAGAGCCUUACAAAUUUUUAGUAAAAUUACGUAAUAUUACUUGGGAAACAAAUUACGUAUUGUUAGUUAAACGCGCUAGGUAUGAUGGGAAGACGGGAUCUCCCACCACUAAAUGUCCUCUACUAUCCCUACAUUAUCCCUACAAAUCCUAUAUAAUUCAGACUCUGUGGAGGAGAGUGAGCUACACUGCUAUCCAUAACUCAUCAGACUAAUCCAUUAUGUGUUAUAUAUUUCCUAGGCAACUUGCACAAGCAUAUGUGGUUGCAACAACCAGUGCUGUUGCAGUGGCUGUCGGACUCAAUUCAUUAGUGAAAGUAUGUAAAACUAAUUUAUGUGUUAGUACAAUCAUGUGAUUCUAAUUCCCUACAUCAAUGAGUAGAUUCUUUCCCAUUUGUUUGUUUGUCAUGGUGUUUCCACAAACUGAAACUUAUACUAUUGCUAUGCAAAACUUAUUAGAGCACUAUUUGUUUUUCAGAGAGCUCCUCCACUUGUUGGUAGAUUUGUUCCAUUUGUUGCAGUUGCUUCAGCAAAUUGUGUUAAUAUUCCAUUGAUGAGACAAAGGUAAUAUACAUUACCGCUAGAUUCUAUUGGUCACAUUAUAUCAUAUCUACAUGUACCAAUUAAUUUCAUUGUAAAUUUAAUGUUUAGAGAACUUAAAAAUGGUAUUCCAGUGUAUGAUAAAGAAGGAAAUAAACUUGGAAUUUCUAAGGUGAUUAUGAGGAACAUAUAAGACAUACAACUUACAUGUAAAAAUAUGGAACUUACGAGCAGUUUAUAGGCCCGGGCAAAUAUUUUAAAAUGUUUGCACAUUUUUUCUUUAGUAUGCUGCAAAAAUAGCUGUACCCAGUGUGGUUUUUUCAAGAGUUGUCAUGACAACACCUGGGAUGAGUAUGUUAAUUAUUAAAUAUUUGUCAGCCUAUAAUAUCGUCUUUUCUUACUCUUACUUUUACACAUAUGAAAGUCGAUUAAUAUUUUUUCCUUUGCAGUUAUCCCUCCUUUCUUGAUGAAUCGUUUAGACACUACUGCAUUUAUGAAAGUACGUAAUUGACAUGAAUUGUAAUUAUACACAUUUUCCACUUUAUAUUAUAUUACUACACCAUUCAGUUUUCAAAUUGUAAAUUUCACAGUAACAUUCACUGACCUUUUCCUUUAUCAUUGUCUUAGAGGUUACCUUGGACUGCUUCUCCAAUUCAAGUAUUUUUAGUUGGUUGUUGGUAAGUGAUAUACAUCAGUGUAUGUUCUUUGUAUAUAUGGAAAUUAACCCAGAUAUCAAGUUAAAAAGUUUACUUUUUUAUUUUAGCCUUGUGUUUGCUACACCUAUGUGCUGUGCUAUCUUCCCACAAAGAUUGUAAGUACAAACUAUUUAUCAAGGGUGUAGGAAGCUUGAUAAACUUAUGGUGGUCCAAUUCCACUAAGUGCCACAUGGCUGGCACCAAGCAGGAAAAUUUUGAGUCUCUGUAGAUUGUCAGAAAUGGUAUUCUCAGAGUAUUCUCUGCCUCUUUUGUUAGGCCCCAGUGGCAGAAAUCUUUACUCGACCAAUUUUUGGAAAUUUUGACAUAAAAGAGGGCUAAAAACAGCCUUUUCUAGUGCAAAUGGGGGGGUUGUCAGAAAUUUGAAGGUUUUGUUAGAAAUUUAGGAGGCUUUGCCCCCCCCCCCAAACUGGAAAAGGUGAAUUCCGCCACUGUUAGGCUAUGCUGUCCGAGAGUCGAGAUGGAUUAUUACAUUAAUUAGCAGAUCAGUGCAAUUUUUAAGAAUUCAUGUAUUCUGGCCCCCCUUUCUAAAGUAUUGGGGACACACCCACUAGCCUGCAUCACAGACACCUGCUAUUCAUUUUUUUCUAUGCUCAUUCAGUGUGUUUUUACUGUUUUUGCACAAUGUUCAGGCAUGCACUGUACAAAACCUAAUUAUUUGUUUUCUCUUCAGUUCUUUAGCCUUCCAUCAUCUUGAACCAGAAUUGCAAGAGGAAUUGAAGAAGAAAGAUCAAGUUUAUGACUAUGUUUAUUUCAAUAAAGGACUCUAG